GGACAUAUUUUGCAGCUCAAAAUCCAGAACCUUCAUCACAUGUGGGAGAUCAGCGUAAGGGUGUUGUUCAAAAUACGACAUGUUGCUAACAUUUACACCGACCCAAAUGAACGAGACCAACUGAUAUCGAUGUGGCCACAAAUAUUAAAGAAAUUAUUCGGUAUAUCUGAUCACAGCUUAACGUGCGUUCUUUAUGGACCCGUCCAGAAAUUCUUUGAUAAAUUACCCGAAAAUUAUUAUCAGAAUCUAGUGAAAACUUUUGAGCAAAUUAAACAGGAUUUCUAUGAAGUGCUAUCAAACGAUGCUGUUCUAUUCUUCCCGUCAUUCCCGAGCCCAGCACACUUACACUACCGGAUAUUUUACAAAUUCCUGAACUGUGGAUAUCUUACAAUGUUUAACGCUCUCGGUCUACCAUCUACGAACUGUCCACUGGGAUUGACAGAUAAAGGUCUACCCGUUGGAAUGCAAAUUGUAGCUAAUAAAUGUAACGAUCAUCUCACGAUAGCUGUAGCCAAGGAAUUCGAAAAAGCUUUCGGUGGUUGGGUUCCCCCUAAUAAGGAUUUUUUUGACGGCGUUAAAACUGCUUAGAUAACGAAAUAAUUAAAGAUAUCAGCAUCACAUUGAGAGUAUUGUAGCAUUUAUACAGUCCUUCGAAAUGUGGCACAGUGUACAGAACUAAAAAGGACUGCAAUACAACGUAUGCAGAAGGUAAUAAAAUAGCUACGGUACUGGCUACUGCUUAGAGUUCUUGUAUGAUAGUUUCAUGUAAAUAAUAUAUAGGUAUUUUUUUAAGAAUAAGGUAGAAUGUUUAAGUGGUUUAAUGAUUACGCUUUGUACAUAGAGUAUUACAUCAUGUAGUACAGUUAUAACUCUUACUCUUUUUAUACCAAUAUUUUACAUAAUAUAUUUGGACCAGAAUGACAAUCUCCUAUGUACCGCGAGUAUUGAAGCGAGUAUUGUAUGCAACUAUUGUAUAAUAAUAACCAUUCACAAUCUAUCUCAAAAAUUUCUGAUACAUUAUAUGGUCACUUUAUUGCUUUGAUUUUUUUAUGCCAUGAGCGGGCAACUGAAUUCAGCUGAAGGUUCGCCUGUUGGUAACUGAUCACAACCUAGUUAUUAUACAUUCUCCCCCUGUCUCCCCGUGACCACGCUCGCUGUAAAGUGUUCGAAACGUCGGGUAAAUAAUAUAAUGAAUAAAUCGCGGUUAAAAGCCGUUAACAAGUUUUUAAUUUCUAAAUGAUUACAACCUCCUAUGAACAUUUGGAGAGGUCGUACCUAUGCGAACGCGUUGCCCGCUUUUAUGGGGGAAGGGUAUUGUCAUUGACGACUGGUAAGAAGGAAUGGACUGAUAAGGGUGAGGAAAGGGAAACGGGCCUCCGGAAUUCGUGACGAAGCGUGCUCGACUUCCACAUUAAAUUUUUGAUAUUAUUUAUAAAGUAUAAACUAAACAGUAUAAGAUGGUUAAAGUUUAUAACAUUACUCAUGGAAAUCAUACUGAUUAUGUUGAAUAAAACUUAGUAGUGACCGCUUUAAUUUUAAUAGGUACCCGUGAUAUUUGAUAUAUAGGACUAGGUUAUAUGAAUGGUGGUAUAUGAUGAUAGUGGAUAUAGGAUUUCCAAAGUUAGAAUACGCUUUGUGUAUUUUUGUAAUAGUUAUAUGACCUAACUGUUGUAUUGUUGUCUAGUUAAUAAGUUUUUACAGAGUACUGCAUAUGUUAUUAAAAGUGGAUAUUAUUUUA